AAUAAAUAAACCUAUAUACUCAUCAUGAACUAUCAAGAACAAGCCUACAGAGAAAUCACCUCCGUUGAUGUCCCAGAAGAAAAGCACAAGGCCGAGUGGACACACCAGAUCAUCGCCGGUGCAGCUGCCUUUGAAGCCAUGCGCCUUUAUAACAAGAAGCAGGCCGAGGAAGGUCCAAUCGAUGACCACCAUUUGGCCAAAGAAAUCAUCGCUGGUCUUGCUGGUGCCUCGGUGGACCAUUUCGCUGAGACUAAGGGUAUUGACUGGGUUGACCGUCAAAAGGCUAAACAUGCUGCCAAGGAAGAUGCUGAAAAGCUUUACACUCAACAGACCGGUUACGAGUUCUAAAUGAUAUGCUGCGCAUUUUAUUCCCGCACAAAUCCCAAAUAAUAUUUUCCUCCUUCCCUUUACCCUUCUUUUUAAUCAGAUUUUUAUAAUUAAGCAUAUAUAGAACUUAUAGCGCAAAAAAAAGCAACGGGGGAGGAUCAUGUAUAUAAGGCUUAAAGCAUCAAAUAUACCUUUUGUACACAUUUUCCUGGAACUUAUAAUAAUAAUAAAAAGAGAAACAACCUUGUUUUUUUUGUAUU